UGUGCUGUUGGCAUUUUAAAUCCGUCUUUCCAGCCGGCCAUUGGAGCCGACGGCAUGUGGAGGCGGCGGAGAAAUCUGUUGAAUGAGGAUUGUUUACUCUGAACGUGCUGAUGCGGUUCAGAGCGCUAGGAAAGAUCCGAGGCAGGUCCGACAGAAUUUGUGCAGCGUUGGUGACUAUCUGGUAUAAAUAUUAAACAAAUGAGAGAAGAGGAGGUGGAGUCGAUUCUCAUUUGUUUACCGAUAAAGGGAUGUGGACAGCGUUUGGAAAGGAGACCGGGGCUUGGGCGAAAUUGGGCUGAACUCUAUCGUUGCCAACAGUCCCUCAGGUUGACGCAUUUCUCUGCCUUUGGGAAACCUGAGCGUCGGAGUUUCACAUAACGUGUGUAUCAUGAGAGCUCUGUACCGCACGUAAUCCGUAUGCAAAGAUUACCUCUCUAAGUGUGUUGCCUGGGCGUAUAAAUUCGACCCUAACGUUUUAGCGUCAGUUUUUUUUUUAAUUUACACCUGAGGGCUCAAACUCGGACACACUGUUAGCGCAUUACUGAUUUUUGGGACUGUGCAGAGUGGUUUUCUAACACGUUGUGUAUAUUCGCAUAUGAAAAGAGAUUGAUAGAAUGGACCCUGCAUCCCAUUUCUGAAGCAUGCAUCCAGAAAACGGUGAGAACCCUUCAGAGACCGCUCAAAGCGGCGCCGAUCACGGAAAGGUUGACGUGAAUGGGGUAGACGGUCAAGCAGAAGUGUCGACUACCGAAACACAGGCUGGGUACCAGGAUAAACCCGCUUCUUCCACAAUGGAACAUACAUGUUCUACACAAGACCAAGAGAACCACACGGAGGAACGGGACUACGUGGACAACGAGAGCAAAAUUGUUCCAGAGGACAACACAGCACAACUCAUUGAGACCGCAUGCGCUGACAAAAGUCCGCCGAUACCCACCGGUUCCGAGAUGCCAGGCUCUGGGUUCGUGCCACCUGAGGGAGGUUUCGGAUGGUUGGUCGUGUUCGCUGCGACGUGGUGCAAUGGCUCCAUCUUUGGCAUCCAGAAUUCUUUCGGCAUUCUGCACAAAAUGCUAGCAGACGAAAGCGAGGAAGCGAAUGCCCACGCGUCGCAGUUUAAAGUAGCCUGGGUGGGAGCUUUGGCGAUGGGAAUGAUAUUUUUCUGUUCUCCGGUGGUGAGUAUGUUUACCGAUCACUUCGGCUGCAGGAAGACGGCAGUCGGCGGAGCGUUCGUGGCGUUCCUUGGGCUCCUCAGCAGCUCCUUUGCAACCUCUUUGGGCCAGCGAUACUUCACCUACGGGAUCCUCUUUGGCUGUGGCUCCUCGUUUGCGUUCCAGCCUUCACUGGUCAUCUUGGGUCACUAUUUCCGUCGCCGGCUAGGUUUAGUGAACGGCAUGGUAACAGCUGGCAGCAGCUUCUUCUCGAUGGGCCUCACGGUUCUGCUCAAUAAAGUUGUUAGACCACUGGGCCUUAGCAGAACCUUUCAGAUCCUCAGCCUCUUCAUGCUUAUCCAGUCCCUCCUUGCCCUCGCUUUCAAACCCUUGCUACCCAGUGGAGGAGGACCCGGGCCUGGUAUGGGUCCAGCGGAGAGUCCGCAGCAUGGUUCAGGAGUUCAGGGGCCAGCAGGCGGCAAAUGGCAGAGAGGUCUGGCACAGAUCAGAAAAUACUUCAACGUGAGAGUUUUCCACAUUGCCACCUACAGAGUGUGGGCAUUUGGCGUGGCUACAGCUGUGCUUGGGUACUUUGUGCCUUACAUUCACCUGAUAGAAUUUGUGGAGGAGCAGUUCGGAAAAACUCCCAAGGAGUGGAUUCUCCUAGUCUGCAUUGGCGCGUCGUCUGGAGUAGGUCGUCUGGUCUUUGGAAAAGUCGGUGAUCUCAUCCCGGGAGUGAAAAAGAUAUACAUGCAGGUGGCCUCCUUCAUGUUGCUUGGCCUGAUGUCUAUGAUGAUUCCACAGUGUAAGGUUUUUGAGGGACUGGUGGUGGUGUGUAUCUUCAUGGGUCUGUGCGAUGGCUGUUUCAUCACCAUAAUGGCACCCAUAGCCUUUGAGUUGGUAGGACCCAUGCAGGCCUCACAGGCAAUUGGCUAUCUACUGGGCCUCAUGGCCGUGCCCAUGACCGCGGGCCCGCCCAUUGCAGGUCUGUUGCGUGACUACUUUGGAAAUUACCAUGUGGCAUUUUAUCUGGCUGGAGUACCUCCCAUGGUGGGGGGUAUAGUUCUCUAUUUUGUGCCCAUGGUCCACAGGCGCCUACAACGGCAGCAGAGGGCAGAACCUGGAGACCCCAGCAUGGAUAAGAUGUUGAAAAACUGCUCCAACGGAGAUAUGCUGCCGGGAUACACUGACAUGGAGACACACAUAUAAGCCCCACAGCGAUGGAUUAGACUCACCAGCACUUUCUGUAGUCUGUCUUUCAGCAUAUGUGAUGUGAAAGACAGACUACGGAUUACAAGCCCCGCCCCCAGCUGUCUCUGGACUCACAUUGGAUGAUAGAGGUGUUGUGGGAGGGGGCUGACAGAUGAAGAAACCUGUGUUACUUGUUGGAUGGUUGAGCAAUCAGAGAGAGAGGAAGGGUUCCCAUAGGAGCAGAGAUGUGUCACCAGCACAGUCUGGCUGUCUUCAAUCCAUCUGAAAUAGUUUUCACCAGUCUCAUAAGAUAAUGUGUGUGAGUAGCAUAGCUGCUCUUUAAUUUUUUAUUUUAUUUUUUUUUUCACCUGUUCGCAUGGCGAUUGGGUUUGUCAUCUGUUUUAUUUGUGUUGUGUACAAAUCAAAUUUGUAUUUUUUUUCCUUUUCGUUUUAUGUAAAUUUGAAGAUUUAGAAAUAGAAAUUAUAUUUCCAGUUGACUACAUAGAAAUUGGCCACGGUUUUGUGAAACAAUAAGCUUUUAGCCUAAAUCCACGGAAUUUUCUUUGUUUUUAUGCCAUUCGCAGUAGAAAGCUCUAAGCUAGGUCAUUAUCAUAUAGGACAUUUGACUUGCAUACUGCAGCUAUAUACACUACAUGCGAAUGAUUUUUCUUCUAACAACUCAAAAUAGGCAUUAUAUAUUGUUAAAGAAGUUUUAAGAUAUACACUUACAGCCGUUUGAAUUGUUCAGUAAAAACGACACCUCAGUGGCAUACUUUGCUAUGCAGUAAUUUCACUCAAAAUGUGCCAGCAUUGGUAUUUCACAUAGGAAAAAUGGAAUUUUGCAGUGCCAGUCAGUCAAAUAGAGCCUUAAUUCGCACUGUCUACGGAGAACAAUGGAAGUUCAUUUCAUUCCGCAUUAUGUGUUUCAUAACUGUCUGAGAUGUAUGGUAUGUACCUCCCUGGUCACUCUAGCCUUGCACUGACUGUAUACUUCAGGCGUUAAUAAUGUUUCAACACAGUCGUUUUCAUGGGGUCCUCUAUGUCCUGAAGUGGGAGUGUCAAACUGGAACCGUGAAUCUUUAUUUCUGUUAAGAAAGAAAUGCAGAGAAAGCGAUGAAAAAGAAAAACUGGCAAGGAUGACCCUUGUUCUGCUUUUUUCUUUUUUUUCUUUUUUUUUUUUAUAAAGACAAUCAAAGUGUGACAGAACCUCCCUGUGACCUGGUUAAAUUUAAACUCUAUAUGAAUGAGAUCUCUUGUUCAAAAAUGUAAAGAGGACAUGUUUUGCCUUGGGGCAAUGGGAUUGUGAAGUAACAUGCAGUCUUGGAAGCAGGCCAAGGGUCAUAUCGAAUUUCUCUAAAUAAGAGUGCUGAUCAAGGACCUUUUUAUUUCUUUCAUAUUGCGAAUAAAUACAGUUAUAUGGACAAAAUGGAACUGAUCGUUGAUAAGCGCUAUUCUCUGACAUGCUUAAUUUUUAUGGACCCAGACUUUACUUAGGGUUCAUUCUAUCUAUUCAACAAAUAUUUUGGCUAAUUUUCAGUUUUCUGCAUAAUUUUUGUUUCUCUUGAAUACACUAUUAAUUUUUGCUUCAAUAUUCGAUGACUUCAUCUUCAACUUUUAUUGGUCAGUGUAAAUAUCAGCAGUGAAUCUCAUUGGCUUCCUUCCCAGUGGUUAUUUUUACAUUGGUCUGCAUUAUUGUGGUGAUUUUUUUUUUUUGCCAUUCACCUCAUCAACAGUUUUAUCUUUGUUCAGGAAAAACACUGGCAGUGAAUUUCAUUGGCUUGCUUCCCUUUGAGCUCUUUCCCUAUCGGUUGCUGCCAGCAUUGUCAUGGAGACUUGUCUGUUAGUGCUACACUCAACCUCAGAUGGGAUUUGCCCCUUGUUUUUCUGUCUCCCCCAUGGACAGAUGUUACCUGGUAACCCAUUUCAUACAGCAGUGGUCACGAGUUUCACUACCAUAUUGCCUCAUGUCGACACUUUCCUUCAGAUGAACAUGCAGUAUUACAUUUAAAUACUGUAACAUUUCUCAAACAUCUAGAACACGUACCUCUAGAACUUUUUAUUUUUUAUAACAAUUAUACGAUGAUAAGGAUUAGACUUAGGAACAGUUUUUUUUUUUCCAAUACCUUUUCUAGAUUUCUAUGAUAAAGAUAUACAUACCUCAGUAGUCUGCUUAAAGAAUCAAUAAGAUUUUUACGGUGCGCUUAACCAGCUGACAGUGAUUUCACCGAAACCGCAGUCAUGGUUUGAACAUUGGAGCCUCAAAGCCAUGUAUGCUCACUACUCAGUUCCAUGCCACUUCUCUUUCUUUCUCUCUCUCUUUCUCUCUGUUUAUCUUCAUUUGUCCUAUCUUUAUAAACAAUACGUAUGCAACUCUGGACCAAUAUCCCUAGCGAUGCUGUCUGCUGUUUUGUUUUGUUUGUUUGUUUGUUUGUUUUUGUCUUUGAUGUGUUGAAAGGUGGUGAUUCUUGCGGAAUGUCUUGAGAACUCAGGGACUGCAUUUUUGUUGAGGUUUCCGUUACAAUAUCUCAUGCCCCUUGAAAACAGUCUGAACUUUAUGAAAAACUUGGCGUUUUGAUGCUGUGAAACUGGACCGGUAGAUUACGAAGGAGAAUGGUGGUUCUGUCCUGUUUCUUUCCCUGUGGUCCCUCUCAGUUCAGCUGUAUCCUUUCGACACAUUUCAUUGUCAUAGACACAGAUUCUCCCUGCCUGAAACAGUUUGUGUCUUCCUUGGAAUAUUAUGUAUAUCAGCCAAACAUUAUGUGUAUGUGUGUUACCAACAAAACAGUGCCUGUUUUAAAUUUGUGGUGGGUAGCAUCUUUGCUGUUGAUUAUGUUUUUCUGACAACUAUUACAAAUAUCCCCAGAGCUAAUGAACUACACAGCUAUAUAGUUUAUAGAUAGAAAAUUCAGACAGUGUAGAAAUAUAAGUACAGUCUACAUACAUGCAUCUAUUUACAAAUACCUAAGCUUUUUUUUUUUCAAUCUUGUGGGCAUCUCAAUCACCCUCUAUAAAUCCUCUGUCUUUUGCAAAAUGAUGACUUUGCAGAUUACUUUGAAAAAGUAUUUUUUGUAAUGCAAAUGUAAGAUAAAAAAUGAUAUAAGAUUAAUUUUUAUAUAUAUAUAUAUAUAUAUAAUCAGUGAGUUUUUGAUGAUUCUCUCUUUCUUUUAGCAAAAACCUAGUUCAUAAGACUGUACUCUGGGAUAACACCAUCUUUAGUAUAACCAGGGGGCUAACAUUGUUGCAUCCUUUGACCAGUAAAAACCUCAGUGACUCAAUCAUGAGAUCAGGCUACACAAUCUCACUUACGAUUAGCUAGGGAUUGGCUUCAAACUUUGCACUGUACUGGUUUGACUCGUAGGUUAAAUCUCUGGACAAUUACUAAUGGAGCUGUGCAGCCUGACCUGUGUGAAUGAGCUCAGAUUCUUUUGUUAAUGAACUAUUCACCGGUGCUACAGUUGUAUGUUGGUGUGUCUCCCACCCCCCCUUAUUAAUACUUUUUCUUCAACUGUCAUAGCAUGUAAUCUACUUAACACUUGCUCUCUCUAAGGCUGAAAUCUCUGCUGGUUAUGAAACAUCAAGACUGUUUUUGGUGGGAACUUUAAUUAUGACUGUGUAAAUCAAAUGUGACAAAACAGACUAAACUAUUUGCAAUGAAACUGCCAUUAUGAGUCCAGUGCUUCAUAGUGGAGUUCUUCUCCUUUGCAUCUGUCAUAAUUUUCAGUAUCACAGAUAAACUCAAGCAUAUAAUAUGCGCUGCAGGCAUUAUGUCACUUCAGGUAAAACAGAGGUAUUUUUACUUGCUUUUUUAAAUUGUCAAAUGGAACAUCUGUGGCACCUCAUCUCUGAACCACAAUCCUCUUCUCUGUUGGUCCAAACCAUAAUUAAACCAUAGUGAAUCAGAACAUAAUGAUAAUAUGCUGCUAGAUAUAUGUGUGAUUAUCUUUGUGUGAAUAUUUUUUUCCUUUUAAUCUGUCAUAGACACAGUUAUUUUUGUUUUCUGUCAGACCAACAAUAAAUGUGUUCUAUUAUUUGACCUUA